GGCUGAAGCUGAGACACAGUACGCCAAAAGCCUCUCGAAGCUUAGUGCCAAGCUUUCGAGGGCGUGUCGAGAUGGGAUCGGCGGUCUCAACGAGGCUUGGAAGGCCGUCGCCUUGGAACUGGAGGCGAGGGCUGAAGGGCACAGGCUGAUGGGGAUGGCGCUACUCGAGGAGACAGCCAAGCCACUGAGGAACCUCACGGAAAGUCAACACAGAGUGAGGAAGCAGUCAGAAACGGCUGUCGAUAAAGCAGCAAGACUCCUGGGAGACUGGAGGGCCACUGAAGCCAAGGGAAAAAAGAACAGCCACGCAUGCGCUCGCGAGAAUGAAAAAUUACAAGAUGCCGCCGUCCUAGACACCACAAAAUAUGGAAAACAAAC